AUGGAGGUGGUUUUGGCCUCUCAGUUAUUAUGCUGGACUGGACAGUUUAUAGGCCACGGCGUAUUUGAGAAACGAGCACCAGCUCUUUUGGACAACCUUGUUCAAGCAUUCCUUAUGGCACCUUUUUUUGUAUUGCUGGAGGCUCUUGAAACUUUCUUCGGCUAUGAACCAUAUCCAGGAUUUCAUGCAAGGGUGAAAGCAAAAGUAGAAGCUGAAAUCAAUGAGUGGCAGGAGAAGAAACAGAAGAAAAAUUCUUAA